UAGGAAUGCUGGUUCUGCUGCCACUUAAUUUGGCUGAGUCUGCCCUGGGCCUGGGGGCCAGUGACUCAGGGGGAGGGUGGGGAGUUUCGAGUGAGCUGUGAGUCAUGAGGGUGAGCUCCAUCACCAGAGUUGGGCACAUUUCCCCCAUUCUGGGCAGAAGCCUUCCUAUUCCACUUCCCCUGGGUGCUCUGCCUCCUUGAACAGGAGCCUAUGAAUAGAAAGAGUACUGGCAGAAGGGAUGAAGCAGCCUGAUCUCAGAAUGGGAGUUCAGAGAGACAAAGAAUGAUGUUUACGUCCCUGGAUUAAAAUGUAUCCCUAUCUCACGAGCCCUUGGCGCCCCUCUAAUGAGGGCAAAAGAACAUCAAUAUAGAAUAAGAGAGGGAAAAAUACCAUUUCUCCAUGGAAGGAGAUAAGAUCCCACUUCAGGACUUUUUCAUCUGCUUUGGCAUGAAGGAAGCUUCCUGGGCUUCGACAAUCCUCUGGUCUCUGGAGUUCUAGUUUGCAAGGCUGGGAGAGAUGAAUGGGAGUGGGAAUAUUUGGGGUCUGGUGUGAGAAGAGCAGGCUGACUUUGGAGAUUGUCGAACUGUGCUUAUAAAAGCCCCAAGGCGGCCUAUUAACCAAGAUCGGAAAAGGAAGGGCUGGGGUGAGAAGUGGGAGGCCUACGUCUUUGAAAGGGUUAAAAGGCAAGGUAGCUGCUUUUGACUCCGGGCAGAUGAGGGGUUAAGAUGGGCGGGGCGACCCCCCCUUAUGAACCAAUGGGCGUGCGUCUCUUGGAGGGGGAGUGCCUCACACUUGAGGUCGUGGGGAGGCUGGCCUCCUAUGGGCCAAUGAACCUGGUCGCUGCUCAUGGAGGGCGUGGUCUGGGGGGGGCGUGGCGGCCGCGGCGGCCGGUGGGGGUGUUGGGGCGCUGGGCGGGGCGGGCGGCCCCAUCAGCUGGUAGGAAAUGGCCUGGUCCAGCUGAGCCCAGGAGCUACACGGAAUGGUGGCAGUCACCUUGCCAGUGCAGCGGGCAUGGACCAGACUGCAAGCUAGGAGAGCAAGGCAUCACUUAGGAAGAGGGAACACAGAGCUGGGCUUAAGGCCUCUUCAUCGGGAUGUCCUCAGGCCCCCCAGCCCAGGCCCAGCAUAAAGGCUGUGUGGGGGGGCCCCCCUGACCCAAGGCGGGGCUUCAUGCGCCACGUGCAGGCGGAGCUGUCUCCAUCCUCAGAGCCAGAGGCUGGCCCUUCGCAGCCUGCAGUCAGGCAGGGGGCCCUCCAGGGUGGCCUGCUCAUGGGCUACAGCCCAGCAGGGGGGGCGACAUCCCCCGGGGUCUACCAGGUAUCCAUCUUUUCUCCUCCAGCUGGCGCCUCCGAGCCUCACAGGGCCCUGAAACGGCCAGCCCCACCCACUGAGGGUCCCCGGGAGCUGAAGAGAGGCCCUGGGCUGGGGGCCAGAGAGGGACUACCCCCUGAAGAACCAUCUACUGUGGGGCUCGUGGGCCCAGAGGGACUGGGGCUAGGACUGGGUGUGGCCAGCCAGCAUUUCUGCCAUCAUGGCCUCUGUGUUGUGGAACAGGGCGGUAGCUCCACUUCACCUUGGACUUCAGGGGCCUGGAGUCCCCCCUGGCACCCAUCAAAUGCUUCCUGCAAUACUUUGCACACAAGAGACUGGGUUUCCCCAGAUCCAGGGGGACAGGGGUCCUUGGGGGAGUCCCCAGGGCCAGCCCCUCAGGGCCAAAUGCACACACUUGAUGCUGAUUUGCACAGUCUUGCACAAAUAAGGGGUAAGAGCCCAGUGGCUGGGGUGGGCAAUGGGGGCAGCCCCUGGCCUAGGGAGUCCCCUGGCACUGCCAAUGGCCACAGUCCCGAGCACACACCCCCUGGCCCUGGACCUCCAGGCCCCUGUCCCACCAAGCGAAGGCUGCUUCCUGCUGGAGAAGCCCUGGAUGUCAGCUCUGAGGAUGAGGGGCCAGCCCCUCGGAGGCGCCGGGGAACCCUGGGCCACCCUCCUGCUGCCAACAGUUCUGAUGCCAAAGCCACAUCCUUCUGGAGCCACCUGCUGCCUGGAACCAAGGAGCCUGUGCUGGACCCAAGAGACUGCAGUCCCAUGGGGCGGAGGCUGAAAGGUGCCCGUCGCCUGAAGCUGAGCUCCCUUCGAAGCCUCCAGAAGGGGCCAGGCCUGCUGAGCCCCCUCAGUGCCUCCCCCGUUCCUACCCCUGCCGUCAGCCGUACUCUGUUGGGCAACUUUGAGGAAUCACUACUGCAAGGACGCUUUGCACCAUCUGGCCACAUUGAGGGCUUCACGGCAGAGAUUGGAGCUAGUGGAUCCUACUGCCCCCAGCAUGUCACACUCCCUGUCACUGUCACCUUCUUUGAUGUUUCUGAGCAAAAUGCCCCGGCCCCCUUCCUGGGCAUCGUGGACCUGAACCCCCUGGGGAGGAAGGGUUACAGUGUGCCCAAGGUGGGCACCAUCCAAGUGACCUUAUUUAACCCCAACCAGACUGUGGUGAAGAUGUUCCUUGUGACCUUUGACUUCUCGGACAUGCCUGCUGCCCACAUGACCUUCCUGCGCCAUCGCCUCUUUCUGGUGCCUGUGGGUGAGGAGGGAAAUGCGAGUCCCAUCCGCCGCCUCCUCUGCUACUUGCUGCACCUCAGGUUCCGGAGCUCCCGCUCAGGCCGCUUAAGCCUGCAUGGAGACAUCCGCUUGCUUUUUUCCCGCCGGAGCCUGGAACUGGACACAGGCCUCCCCUACGAACUGCAGGCUGUGACUGAGGCCCCUGACAAUCCACGUUAUUCACCUUUGCCGUGAUUGUCAGUGCCCUGAACCCGUGUGGGCCAAGGACCUGCCCAUCCUACUCCAUCCUGGACAGAGCAAACAUGUGGAGAGGUGGUGAGAGACCUUCAGGCUUGAAUUAAAGCCCUCGCUAUGCUCAUGCCCAAACUGAUUAUUUGGGUGUUUAAAGCUGAUCCUGACCACACUCUGCCCUGCUCUGGGUACUCACGUGCCUGCCCCCCCACCGCCGGAUUUCCCAGGCCGGCUUACGUGGUGGGCAGGAACCAGAGCUACCCUGAAGUUGUCCCAAGUUCCCAGGCAAGUUGUGCCAGCCUUGCCUCCCUGUCCUGGGCAGGGGCCACUUAUUAUUUUAUUUAUUUUUAAUUUAUAAUUUAUUCAAAUUGGGUUGCCUUGGUAACCUCCCAAACAUGAUAAUUGGCAUUGCCCCUCCUCCUUUCUCACUCUCACAUAUUGCUCCAACCUCAGGGGUUGAAGAGGCUGAUGUGGGGGCUGGGGGAGAACUGCUCGCCCUCAGCAGAGGGUGGAGAGUGUAUCCCAGAAGGACUGAGUCACUAGCCAAAGACUCAGCUUCCCUUGUCCUUCCCCAUUCCUUUCACUUCCCCUACUCUCUAACCCCUCUCUGAAAGCCAACUUCUAUCUAUGUGUGUGUGUGUGUGUGUGUGUGGCGUGUGUGUGAGAAAGAGAGCGUGCAUGCAUGUGCACACAUGGGGGUUAACCACCCCUCAUCUAGGGCUCCAGACUCCAGUUCUCCCUCUCCUCCUGCUUGUGUCUCCUUGCUUUGGGGUCCUGACUGAGGAAGGUGUUCAGGGGGCAGAGUCGGGGCCAAGGACCGGGGUGCCUCCUUUCACCUGGCCAGACUCUGACCCACCUACCUCAGCUGCGGUGAGGGGCACCCCUCAAACUCAGUCAUGUGGUUCCCAACUACCCCCUUCCCCACUCCAGACUCUGACAGCCUUAGCCCUGACUUCUGGCACUGGGCUGAGGGGAACAAGCAUUUGCUGAAAGUUGAAAAAGACAAAAAAAAAAAAAAAACAGUAAAAAAUUGUACCUGGUACUUUUUUUAGGA